GACUCUGUAGCGGGGCAAAAGUUGGGUUGCUUAGUUGGCAACUGAAAUGAAGGGACACUUUGCCCUUACCUGGGUUUCUCCGUCAUUCUUGGAGACAGGACAGCCAUGUGUUGUCCGAUGGAUCCAACCACACCCACUUAUUUAACACCCCUUCUCUUCUCAUUUCUCUGACAUACUUUCUGACUGGCGGCCUUCGUUUCUUGAUUCAGAGCCUUCGGAUCCCCAGUCUUUCUUUUGGCGAAUGGCGUUUCUUGCACCGGCUUCUGUUUCGAAGGACCCCUUGCUCUCCUCUUCCCUCAAUCGACCAACCAUUUCUUCCGCGGAUCUUCCCACAACUUCUUUGACACCACAGGCGAUCUUUUGUUCUAAGGAGAGACUAGGCAGAAUUGAGCAUACCCGUUUCAGAUUGUGGUCUACUUUUAAGGGCCACCCGGAUUUGAAAUUGAGGGCUUCAAAUGGACCUCCAGAACUGACCAAGGAAUUUCAGAGCGACCAACUGAAUGACGUAGCAAAAACUGAAAGCAAAAGCUUAUUGUUUGACGAGAUUAAAGAACGAUUUCUAAGUUUCAAAAAGAAUAAUUACUUGAGGAACUUGAAGCACUUUGAAAAUCUCUCUAAGGGUCAAGCGCCAAAGUUUUUGGUCAUUGCUUGUGCGGACUCGAGGGUUUGUCCUUCAAACAUUUUGGGAUUCCAGCCUGGAGAAGCAUUUGUGGUCCGCAAUGUUGCAAAUUUGGUGCCCCCGUACGAGGGAGGACCCUCAGAAACAAAUGCCGCAUUAGAAUUUGCUGUAAAUUCUAUUAAAGUAGAAAACAUCUUAGUUAUUGGCCACAGUUGCUGUGGAGGCAUCCGUGCCCUUAUGAGCAUGCAUGAUGAUGUAGAAUCAAGUAGCUUCAUUGGAAGUUGGGUUGGUGUAGGGAAGAAUGCAAGGAUAAGCACAAAGGCUGCUGCUUCUAAACUUGGUUUUGAUCAGCAGUGCAAACAUUGCGAGAAGGAAUCGGUGAAUUUUUCUCUUUCAAACCUGCUCACUUACCCAUGGAUCGAGGAAAAGGUGAAUGAGGGAGAACUGACCAUCCAUGGUGGCUACUAUGACUUUGUUGACUGCACGUUUGAGAAAUGGACACUAGAUUAUCAGGGAAGCAAUCUGAAGGAGAAAAGCGGCCAGCUUGCAUUCAGAAAUAGAUCAUUUUGGAGCUAAAUUUUCAGUGUCUCUUCGUACAAUCUAUACUUUUUUUCCUCUCGAUUUUCUAGCUGUAUGUACUUUACUGUUGUAUAAAAACACUGGGAAACUAAAGUUAUUCCUUGAAAAUUCGGGGAUAAUAAAGAAUCUGUGUUAGAAGGAGUCCAAAUACAUAGGAUUAAGGUUGUUGUUGCCACAGAUUGUAAUGUACCAUUGUUUGCUUGUAAUAUAUUUCUUUUCUUCAGUAAAAAUUUCACUUUGGGAUGUGAAGAAA